CAAUGUGCGCUUUCAUACAAGCUUUCAGACUUAUCGCUUCCUGCUUUGCUUUGGCUGGUAAAUUUAUCACAGUCCGCACGCCAAACAAGGCAAAAUUCGUGUUUCGCAACUGCAUAUCGUUAUAUAUUUAGCGAUUCUAGCAAUUCUUCUCUCGAUUAUCGAACAAACACUGCACAGGGAUUGUGCCGCAAAAUGACUGUCUCGGUGCCGGCCCAAGCCCCAAUCGUGCACUACAUAUACAUUCCAGCGGACGUCAAUGAAAACAUACAAGAGCUGGAACUCAACGUUCCCCCGGGCCGAGAGGUGGAAUGCCUGCUUGACACUCUCAAAGAACAUUUCAAGCGCACGGGGGGAAAGAAGACCGCCGCCCAGCAGCAGGCGCAUCGGCAGCACCUCGUUGAUCAGGUCGGGACAGAGGCGGCUGCCAAGCUGAGCGACGAAAUGUUGGCAGCAGCACUGGACAUGCAGAUUGUGGAGACAGUGGCCCUACAGAUCAAUAACCCGGAGAGUGGAUACGUGGGAGUCAACUUGUACUGCGACGACCAGGCCGUAUUUAAGGAGCUGCCGUACAACUCACGAGCCUCCCAGAUUGCUGACUGCUGCGGGAGACCCACUCAGGUCCGCGGUGACGCCUUCCUGGGCCGGUUGUUCGACAACGACGACUCCUUUGUUCGUCUGUCCCUCCGUCUGUCCGAGGUCAGCUCCUCGGCAGCCUGGGUGCGGGCGGCGGGGGCGCAGGCGGCCAGCAGGAUGCGGCGGGGGGACAGGGCCGCGGACUUCCUGGCGGCCAUGAAACAACAGCAACAACAGAGACAGCAGCAGUCAAAGCCCCCAACCGCUACGGUUCGAGAGCUUACCCCAGCUGAGGUAGAGAAGGACGCGGGCAAUGCGGCGGUGAAGGCGGGGGACUGGGCGGAGGCUGUAGCCAGAUACACGGCCGCACUGGAUCUGGAUCCGGGGCUGGUGGCUGCAGCCAACAACCGGUCGCUGGCGUUACUGCGGUUGGGCCGGUGUGAGGAGGCGGAGGCGGACUGCUGCAAGGUGUUGGAGGUGGAGCCCAAUAACGUGAAGGCGCUGUUGCGGAGGGCGACAGCUAGGUCGGCGGCGGGGCGCCCGACGGAGGCGGUUGGAGACCUGCAGGCGGUGUUGGCUCUGGAGCCCCACAACAAGGAGGCGGCGAAGGAGCUGGCGAAACUGGCGCCGCCGCCACCGCCUCCGCCUCCGCCGGCAUCGGCAGCGGAGGAGGAGGAGGGCACGGCGACGGCGGCAGCAGGUGCGGAUGAGGCGAUGGACGGCUCGUCCGCACCACAGGAGACAACGGCUGUGGAUGCGUACGACCAUGGCGUUACCUCGGGAGCGAUAGCUGCUGCUCCAACAAGUGCGGGGGCUGCUGCCGCUGCCGGAGGGGUGGCGGCACCGGCUUCCGAAUCAGCAUAGCAGGAGCAGCAUCGGGAGGGAGGGAGGAAGUACGGCACCAGGAAGAUGAUGUAAUAUAUCACCUGGUCGAGGAUGUCUACCGUACAGUACUAGGUCGUACAUACCCUGCCUAGCAGUUCCUGAAUGUCAAAGGGGGAGGGGGUACUGCCGCCUGCUGCAGGGAGCGUCAUCUCGCUGCCAUCAAGCUUGUUCCUAGAUAGCCAGGUGGUCAGAUGGCUAGAUGUAUGUUGUCCCCGUGAAGAGGCGUAGUUUGACGGGGCUGCAGUCGGGGGAAGAAAAGAGAGUACCAGCAUACCGGGGCACAUACAUACAUACAUAUACAGUUGUGUGGUGACCUCUCAUCUAUUUUCGUAUGACGCAAUGUGUGUCCGCCUGUGUAUGUAUGUAAUGUAUGUAUGUAUGUGGGGUUUGUGUUUUGGGGUGGGGGCGGGCCACCGCGAUAUAGGGGGAGGGGAAGAAGGGGCAGAGAGACGGGGAAGGAGGUGGCUCAGCGCGGGCGGGGGUUCGGAGGGUGCAGGUGGUGGCGGCCUUGGCCGUGUCGGU